UUGUUUACUAAUAUUGCUUUCAGUUUUAUUUUACUUUCGCAAUGGUCAAAGUCCGUACUAGGAUCAGCUGCCUGGGAUAACAUGGAAAGUAGCGUCUUGAUGAAGGUAUUCACUGGGUUAAGGAGACUUUUUUACGCUGUCUCUCCCAGCGAAACCUCGUUUCCUACUGUGGAUGAAGUUCCUAAAUAUGUCGAUGAGGCUAUACCAUUCUUUAUUGGCUUGGUUAUUCUGGAAGUACCAAUACUGUACUGGAAAGGGAAGAAACUUCCACGAUUUAACGACAGCUUUAGUUCCCUGGCUAAUGGUCUUCUUUCUCUGUUACACGGGCUCCUUUUCCGGUCAGUGGAGCUGACGACUUACGUGUGGGUUUAUGAACGCUUCAACGUGAUUAAUCUCCCCUGGGACAGCGCCUGGACCUGGUUACUAGGCUUCAUAGGCGUGGACUUCGGCUAUUACUGGGUACACCGCUGUGGACACGAGGUCAACCUGAUGUGGGCGGGGCAUCAGGUUCAUCACAGUUCGGAGGACUACUAUCUGGUCACCGCCCUCAGGCAGUCGGCCCUGCAUAUGUAUACUGGAUGGAUGUUUUACCUCCCACUUGCUAUCGUGAUGCCGCCUUCAGUCUUCUUGGUUCACACACAGUUCAACCUGUUGUACCAGUUCUGGAUUCACACGGAGACUGUAGACUCUCUGGGGCCUCUAGAGUGGAUUCUGAACACACCAAGUCACCACAGAGUUCACCACGGUAGAAACCGAUACUGCAUUGAUAAGAACUAUGGAGGAACGCUGAUUGUAUUUGAUAGGAUCUUUGGUACUUUUGCAAAGGAGCAGGAAGAAGUCGUAUAUGGACUAGUCCACCCUCUGACGUCAUGGGACCCCAUAAAUGCCCAGAUCUGUCAUCUUCAGUACAUGUGGGACGUAUUCAAAGAAACAGAAGGAUUGGGUAAUAAACUAGCAGUGAUUUGGAAGGGACCUGGCUGGGCUCCGGGUAAGCCCCGGACUGGGCUUAUUGAAGAUAUACCGGAUAUCCAUGCCCCUCAACCGAAAUUUGACCGGAAGUUACCUUUGUGGACAAACCUAUACAUCUGGACACACAUGCUACUCCUUAUCGUGUUCUAUGGUAUCCUUGGUCAUUACAAAUCGGAACUUUCGCCAUAUAUAACGCUGGGUGGAGUACUUUUCAUCAUCUUUACAUUAUCUAGUUUCGGUGCUCUUUAUGACCACAGACCACGGGCUUCUCUACAGGAGCUCCUCCGCUGCGGUAUCUUCCUUCUGAUUGUUAGAGUGUUAGCUGCACCUACGCUUCUCUCUUCCACUCGUGGACUCGCCUUAAUAGCCGUCUAUUUGACGUCUUUUGCUAUAUGGGUUUUUGUUUGUGUUCGACAAUUUUCGGUAAAAAUUAAACCCAAAUCUUCUUAAAGAAGUUGAUGUUUAUAUGGAAGACUGUGGUAUACAUGUUGAAAUAUUGAUUAAUCUGUAGAUUUAGAUUUCUGUAUUCUUUUCUCCAUUUACUUUUCAUGUACAAGUUAAUGAUAUUAUAUUUGGUAUGUACAAUCAUUUAUGUUUUAGAUGUACAUUGUUUGCAAAUAUGAAGGAUAAUUAUCAGACAUUUUUUACCAGUUGACAGUUUAGUGACAGAUAUAUGUAUAUUAAAUGUUUGUAAGAGUUUAGAUUCAGAUUUAACACUGAAUCUCAUAUAAGUUAUAUGUAAGUAAAUCUAUCUCAUUUACUUGACAUGCAUAGUUUGCCAAUAAAGCAAACUUAUAAGAUGGUUCACAACUUGAAUAGCUCUACGUCAUUAAAUAAAUAAUUUUAUGCCUUUUAACUUUUUUAUGCUCGAAUAUUGAUCCAUGAAGUUGAUGUGAAUAUAGGAAUCACGAGAAUACGACAAGGAAAAGAGUUGAAUUGAAUUGUAUAUACAUGGAGAUAGAAUUAAAGUAUAUACAUAAAUAAAAUAAAUAAUAUCAACCUAAA